AUGGACCUCAAUUUCCGAUUCAUUCUCGAGGAGCCCCAUGGAGGUGCCCCACAAAAGGGCCAACAACGCAAGCGGGCACGGCUCGUCACUGCUUGCGAUGCUUGUCGUGUUAAGAAAAUUAAAUGCAUCCGCACCCCAAAAAUUCAGCAAUGCGAAGCCUGUCGUGUCAGUAAUGGCACCUGCUUGUACGGGGAUCGCGACCGCUAUCAAGCAGAACGAGGUUUAUCUUACUCGUACGCAACCCAAAUAAUACGCCCCGAAAAUGAAGACACCAAGGAACAAUCCCUUCCUCCCAUGAAUGCGUACCCACCAAGUUCAACCUCGACCGACGAUCGUUCGAGCUACCCACCAUCACAUCAUUCCAACGACAACGGCUUUGCCGAUAAUUUCACUGACGCUUUACGGUCCGCGUCCCGGAAGCGGAAAGCAUCCUUAUUGGGCGAGGAGUCAGAGUAUCCAAAUCAGCGCCUCCAGUCUCCAGUAGAACCCGUUGUACAAUCGCCAAUUGACGCAACCAAAUUGACAAACGGGCAAAUCCCUGAGCUAAAGCGAAUUACUGUGCCUUUCUUCAGGUAUUUUGGACCAACAGCGAACACCCCUGGCUAUAGGCGCAUAAAAGUUCGAACACUCACGCUCGACGACAGCGCUUCGGUUGCCUCACAUACCUCCCAAUGUUCCUUUUCCCCUUCAGCGGACAUAAUACCAUCCCCUCGAGCAAAAAAUACACUACCGGUCCCACCCGCAUCUCCACCCAUCUUCCGCGCGUUACACCCAAACAGCAGCGCAUUGGCCAAUGGAGAAGAUGAGAUGUACAAUGGCAGCGCUAGUCCUGUCCACGAUUCUGGCUCAUCGGGACCCGCUACCGGUACGACUACCCCCGUGCACCCUUACAUCCCGUCAUUUGAGGCAUCAGUGAUGGCGACUGCGGCAGCAUCUGGCCGAGACUGCCUGUUUGACCCUGCCAGGCCACGGUACCCCAAUCCCAAAUACCUGACCCACUUGGCCAAUUUGUUCUUCGACCACCUGGCAUGUCAUUUUCCAUUCUUGGAUCGCACUCAGGUCAUGGCUCAGAUUACGGAUGGAACGCUUCCCGCGAUCCUCGCCAAUUGUCUAGCCGCACUAGCAGUUAGGUUUUCUAACCGAAAAGAAUUGUUGAAAGGGCCCCGCCAUCUUGCUGGCGAGGCAUACUGCGACAUGGCCAAGCUUCUGGUUGUCCACAUGCUUUCAUGGCCUUCCGUAGAAGUGCUUCAAGCUUUGGUGCUGAUUGCUUGGUCCGAGUUUGGAAGUGGUCGUGAUAGUGGCCUAUGGAUGUAUAGUCGAAUGGCUGUUGGGAUGGCCAUGGACUUGGGUUUGGGCUUCGAAGCCACUGUUCAGUUAGCCGCCACAGAGAGCGAGCGCGAAAAAGUUAGACUAACGUGGUGGUCGACCCUCUUGAUCGAUCGCAUCAACUCGUGGGGUACUGGGCGACCCAUUGCGAUUGCUGAUGAGCAGUUUGAUACUGCGUUGCCUGCGGUGUCUCAGGAAAACGAAGAUCCCACGAAACCACCGUCAACGAGCUUCGUAUUUGGCCACUUGUGCAGACUUGUGCAGUUGCGAGGAAAAUUGGGUGAUGUCUUGAACAACAAGGUCAAGCGUCAAGGUUCCCUAGAUCUUGAUGAAACAUUUGAACUCUCGCAACUUCAACACCAAAUGACUGUCUUUUACCAAUCACUUCCUCCCAGCUUGGUAUUCAAUAUUCAAAACUUCCGGCGCUACUCUUGCCACAACCAAGCAGCAGUCUUCUUGCUUCUACAUGCCAUGUUCCAUUCCGUUAUCACGCUCUUGCACAGGCCUUCCCUGCUUCAGAAUUUCACACCCGACGUAACUUUACCCCUGGCGACCAGUAUUGAUUUAUCACGUUCGUCUGCUAGGUCGAUUGUCGAUAUGGUUAUUCUUGCAGACGAAGUAGAUCAACAGGCGCUGCUAGCCAACCCUUUUCUGGACCUUACUGUCCUCACAGCAGCCCGCGCAUUCCUUGCUGAACGAGAGACAUUGUCCAAACCUCCCCCCAAUAUGUCAGCUAUCACUGCAGUUUUAACAAGACAAUGGAGCGAGGCAAGCUUGGAGCGUUGCAAAGCUACCCUGGCCAAGAUGUCCAAAUACUGGGGCGGCGUUGGUUGCGUACGUCGGAUUCUGGACCAACAGUCAGCAGGAGAUAUGGAUUUUGAUGUCGGAGAGCCUACCACAGGGGAUUCACAUAUUUCACAUCUCCGUGACGUUGAGCUCAUUACUCAGUGGGCCGCGAAAGCAUGGCGACGACAUGUUGCAAAUGGUCACCACCGUAAACGGGGACACGACGCAGUCUCCCCUCCAAAGAGUGCAGGGCUAUCUGGCUUUGAUAUAUCCUUUGGGAGUAGCGGGAGCACCGGAAAAUCUGGUUCUGACCACGCCGACAGCCCGGCCGGAGCAUCGGUCGGUAUAACCGGGUUUCUGGAUGGCCCCGUAUAUGGUGCAGAGCUGCCCGACUUCCUGACCGACCAGAACGCGUUGAGGGUAUCGUUCAAUGCAGCAGAAGCUGAUUUAAGCUUCUCCAACUCUUCCGAGUUAUUUAAUAUCCCGGAAGGUUUUGAGGAAUUCUUGGUCCAGCAGCAUGCGGGGAUCGAGCCCAUGCGAGUGGAUGGCCCUACGGAAGACAUUGUUGCACCAGCCUUCUCAACCCUCAUCGGUCCUUGGUUCCCGAUGGGCCAACACUUGUCUCGCGCACCCAGUCCCACACACUUCUGA